AUGAAGUUCUCCCUCUCCCUCCUCCUCGCGCCCCUCGCCGUCGCCGGCCACCCGACCACCGACGACGGCGCCCCCGCCCCCGCCGCCGCGGCCGUCGCCCGAGGCCACACCCACCACCACGGCGCCGCGCACCGCCUCCUCGCGCGCCAAUCCCCCACCAGCAUCGACAAGCUCUUCAAGGCCAAGGGGAAACUCUACAUUGGCGUCUCGGGCGACAACGGCAUCAUGCAGCAGGGCAAGACCGCCGCCGUCAUCCAGCAGGACUUUGGGCAGGUGACGCCCGAGUACUCGAUGAAGUGGGACGCCACCGAGCCCACGCGCGGCGCCUUUGACUUUACCAACGCCGACUUCUUGGUCAACUUUGCCCAGACGAAUGGAAAGCUGAUCCGCGGACAUACCUUGCUCUGGCACGAGGCGUUACCCGCGUGGGUUGCCGCCAUCAAGGACAAGGCGACCAUGACAAAGGUGGUUGAGACGCACGUCAAGACGGUUGUCGGCAAGUACAAGGGCAAGAUCAGGUCGUGGCUUACUGUAAAAAAGGACGUUGUGAACGAAGCCUUCAACGACAACGGUACCCUACGCAGUACCGUCUUCUCCAACGUCCUGGGCGAGGCCUACAUCGGCAUCGCCUUCCGCGCCGCGCGCGUUGCGGAUCCCGCUGCGAAGCUGUACAUUAACGACUACAACCUCGACAACGCGGGCUGGGGCAAGGUCACGGCCGUCGUGAACAAGGUGAACCAGUGGAUCGGACAGGGCAUCCCCAUUGACGGAAUCGGAUCCCAAGCUCACCUCGCAGCAAACAUGUCUGGCAACAUCCAAGCAGCCCUCGAAGCCCUCGCCAGAUCCCGCGCCUCCGAAAUCGCCAUCACCGAGCUCGACAUCCCCGGCGCCCCGCCCAACGACUACGCCACCGUCGUUGCGGCGUGCCUCCACGUGCCAAAGUGCAAGGGCGUCACCGUCUGGGGCGUCAGCGACAAGCAGUCCUGGAUGGCCACCGCCAAGCCCCUUCUGUUUGACGACAACUGGAAACCCAAGCCAGCGUACAACGCCAUCGUCGCGAGGUUGCGUAAAUGA